AUGGGUUUGUGGUUUGGGAUCGUCGUUUGUGUUAAUCUCUCUCUAGUACUGGCAUUGUUGCCCUGCAUAGUCCUCGGCCGGCCGGCCGGUUUUGAUAACAAAGCAGACAGUGAAUCAUGCGAUUAUAUCAAUGGAGAAUGGGUUUAUGAUGCUUCAUUACCACUUUAUAAUUCAUCAAGUUGUCCUUUUAUCACAACAGCCUUUGAUUGCCAGAAAAAUGGUCGCCCGGACAAAGACUACCUCAAAUAUCAAUGGAAACCUAGCAACUGUGUCCUUCCAAAGUUCAAUGGUGAAGACUUUCUGGAAAGAAAUAGAGGGAAGAAGAUAAUGUUUGUGGGAGACUCCAUAAGUGACAACAUGAUGGUUUCACUCGCAUGUUUGCUUCACUCAGCAGUACCAACCUCUACAUAUACCACAGAUGCUACAUCCAUUCAUUUCCAGGAUUAUGGGGUUUCGAUUUUGUAUACUCAAAGUGGGUUCUUGGUGGAUUUGGUGGAUCAACAAGGAAGCAAAGUUUUAAAGCUGGACUCAAUCAGCACUGGCAAUAAAUGGCAAGGAGUGGACAUGUUGAUCUUCAACACCUAUCAUUGGUGGUUUCACACUGGUCAUCUACAAAAAUGGAACUACUUUGAAGUAGAAGGCAAGCUUCAAAAAGACAUGGAUCGGUUGAAAGCCCUGGGGACUGCAUGGACAACUUGGGCCAACUGGGUUGACACAAAUGUUGAUCCUUCAAAGACCAAAGUUUUUUAUCAAGGUGUUGCUACCACUCAUCAAGAUGCCAGGGAAUGGAAAGAUCCAACUGCUACAGAUUGCAGAGGACAAACCGAACCGAUUAAAGGCUCAAAAUAUCCAGGCAUGAGUAUUCAAGGAGAAGCUGUGAUUAAGAGUAUAAUAAGUAAAAUGACCAAACCUGUGUAUUUCCUAGAUAUCACAUUGUUAACGCAACUAAGAAAAGAUGGACACCCAUCUGUUUACGCUGGCGGUGGGGACGACUGCAGUCACUGGUGCGUUCCAGGAGCUCCGGACGCCUGGAACCAAAUACUAUAUGCAGCUUCACUUGGGAAGUGAUUUGUGCUGCCAUUCAAAGUAAAAAUAAGGCCACUGGAAAAACAUCAUGGUCAUUACACUACAGAGCAAUUACCAUCCAUACACUUUCAUGUGACUCCAAACAUGAUACAUUCAUACUUACACGACAGCAUACGACAGUAUACAACAAAUAUGUCCAGAAAUCAGGCUUCCCUGCUAAAUCCACAUCUUACAACAAUUGAAUCCAGACUCUGACAUGCAUCUAAAAGUUAAGCUAAAUCAUUUCAUAAACACAGUAGACCCAAAUAAGUAGAUCACAUGAGAACUUGUACGCUUUCAGUUCUCAUCGAUCUUUUGGAACCCAGAUGGUUCACAAUCUUACACAACUUCCUCAUAAGUUUCCAUCCAGCUAAGUUGUGGCUACCUUGGUAUUUCAAGUACCACAAGACCAAAAUUUGUCAAAUCUAAGAUAGAGAAACCAAAAACUUGGGCAAGCAAGCAUCUUAAUUUAUAAUGCCCUACGGGCACCUCAGCAAAUUAAGCACCAUGAAUUUUUCAUUCUCGACAUAGAGAAAUUCGAAACACAUCCCCCACAGGUUCUCUAAUAAUAGGGACUUUAUAAACAGCUGGGUACCUUCCACCUUCUCAAAUUCAGAAACCAAAAAAAA